AUGGCGGCAAUCUGUGAAAAAUCGUCUGAUAGCACUUUUCGUGUUGUGGAGUUCUACAGCGGAAUCGGAGGCAUGCAUUUUGCUGCAAAAGGAUGUGGUUUCAAGACAGAGGUUGUGGCUGCCCUUGAGAUCAACAAUACUGCUAAUGUUGUCUACAAACACAAUUUUCCUGAUGUUAAGCUCUUGCAACGCAAUAUUGAGGGRCUGACUGUCAAAGACCUUGAUGGACUGGCAGCCGACAUCUUCUUAAUGUCACCCCCAUGUCAACCCUUCACCAGAGUCGGUCUACAAGGUGAUUCCAGUGAUCCAAGGACAAAGAGCUUUCUUCAUUUAAUGGAUUUGAUCUUAAGGAUGUCCAGACCUCCUGACUAUCUCUUAAUGGAAAAUGUCAAAGGCUUUGAAACAUCACACACAAGGUACUAUGAAAAAGAGUUCCUUUUAUCACCGAAUCAGUUUGGAAUUCCCAACUCAAGGCUUAGAUAUUACAUGCUUGCCAAGAGAAAACCUCAUCAAUUUUACUUUGAAACACAACAGAAGAUAUUGACUAAUGUCCCAGAACAAGAAGAAUCGUCUGAAAACCAUUAUUGCACAUGCUCAAAGACAAAAACACUAMRMAAAGAUAUCAAAAUAAACUCAUCUACAGAUAAUGACAGCAUUUCAAGCAACCAGAAUACAUGUACUAUCCAGACAAAAAAUAUGACUUCAAAUCUUUUACAAACACAGUCUCAUAAUGGACAAGAAAAAACAGCUCAAARUGAAAAUCKUUYRAGUAAUAAACUGUGCACAUUUUGUCUUCAUUGUGGUAGAAAUAGAAGAAUACUUGCAGAGUUUUUAGAACCUGAACAUGAUGAUUACUUUCAGCAAUUUCUUCUUCCAGAAAGGGUGCUUAGUAAGUUUGCACUGGUUUUAGAUAUUGUUACACCAUUCUCAACACAUUCUUGCUGUUUUACAAAGGCAUAUGGUCAUUAUGCUGAGGGGACUGGUUCUAUAUUAAAAAUGGCCGAUAUUGAUGAUGUUGAAUACUUUGAUAAGUACAGAUCACUAGAUCCCGGUCAAUCUGACUCACAACGAGCCGAGGUCCUCAGGGACCUUAAGCUAAGAUACUUCACUCCAAGAGAGGUUGCAAACAUCAUGUAUUUCCCAAAAUCAUUUGGGUUUCCAGAGGGAACUACUUCAAAGCAAAAGUACCGUCUCCUUGGCAACAGUCUAAAYGUACAUGUUGUUACUGAACUUUUAAGGUGUUUGUUACACAAUUCCUGAGAGAAGUAAAAAAACGCUGUAGAGACCAAUGGAAGUGAAAACACAAACUGGAAAAGUGAAUGAAUAGUCGAAAUAAUAAAGUAUUUUAAUUAAAUUA